GACCCCUACCGCCUCCUCGGCGUCGCCAAGGACGCCGACGAGUCCGCCAUCCGCAAGGCCUACAAGAAGACGUCGCUGAAGACGCACCCGGACCGCGGCGGCCGCAAGUCGCUCUUCGUCGCCGUCAACAAGGCCUACGCGGUCCUCGCGGACGAGCAGACGCGCCGCGACUACGAC